AUGAGUACCCGGAUAACCCAAACUCCUAAGAUCGAAGAAGCAGAGAUUGGCUCAGUGGACAGCAGAGAUGACAGCGGUACAAGUUCUGCCACAGAAAGGAAUGAUAGUAUCGACCCGGGAACAAAAAUGACCGCGAAGGUCCAGCACUCUGGAGACCAGCAGCAGGAGUGCACUGCUAAGUCUCAGAAAGACCUCUCCCUGGACUCUACUAGCACGAGACCGACAUCUCCGGUGCCGGUGACACAGCUUUGGGAAUCGGCGGCUCACAGUUAUGUAUAUAGUGAGGAAGCUCUCGCUGGAAAAGCUAUCCAUAUUUCUCUCUCUAGAAACCCGCUCAACCUUCAACCCUCCAAAGCUGUACCGGGUUGGACUCGACCAAUUCAUAUAGCUCUUGCAGAGAGCUCGCCAACGAUUCCCUUUCAGCAGAUGUACAAACCUCUCGGUCAGGAAGAGAUGGGCUACAUCCGAAAGAGGCUUGAAGAAUAUACCGAUCUAGUGAGACGUCAAACCCAUAUAUUGGACAACUUCGAUAAUGCAGUUAUCCUCGCGGACGCUAGAACACUAUUUUCAUGUAUUGCGCUUCUGGUGUCGACAAUCAAAACCCAACGGGUUAACCCCAAACUUAUAGUUACCGAAGUGCGUUAA